AUGGGCGGUGUAGGAAAGACUACUCUAGCAAGACAGGUUGCUGGGCAAGCUAAGGGUACAAAGUUGUUUGAUACUGUGGUUAUGGAAACUGUAAAACAAAAUGCAGAGAUAUCAGAAAUUCAACAAGAGAUUGGAGAUGGUUUAGGCCUGGAAUUUCGUGAAAAGACUAUCCUUGUUAGAGCGGAUCGGCUGCGUGAAAGGCUGAAGAAAGAGGAAAGGGUUCUUGUUAUUUUGGAUGAUGUUUGGGAAAGCCUGGAUUUGGAAGCUGUUGGAAUUCCUUGUGUAGGUGAUGAUUUGAGCUGCAAGGUUCUGUUGACUUCUAGAGAUCUCAAUGUUUUAUCCAUGAUGGAUUCUAAGAGAAAUUUUGCUGUUGGUGUUUUAGAAGAAGAGGAAGCUUGGAACCUGUUUAAUAAGAUGGCCGGUGAUCGUGCUGUUGAAAGUCCUGAUUUGUAUUCUACAGCAACUGAAAUUGCUAAGAAGUGUGCAGGACUAUCAAUUGCCAUGGAAAGAGAGGCAAACAUUGAAGAAAAUGAAGCAAUCAAUGAAAUAGAGUUCUGUCAGCUACGGUCCUUGAAACUUGGACACAAGGUCCAAGAAGACACUACAGGAAAAUGGCGUAUUAGUGGCAGUUUUGUAGCGGUCGUUCACUUACAAACGCCCGGUAUUGAUACUUAUAAACGCCACCCAAAAUUAGAUAUCAGCGGCGUUUUUGGAUAA